CCUGCAGGAAUGGGAGCUCGUGGUACUGGGGAAGUUGAAGUGGAACCUUGCAGCAGUCACCCCACAUGAUUUCAUUGAGCACAUUCUACGGAAGCUGCCUCUACCUAAAGACAAGUUGGUUUUGAUCCGGAAACAUGCACAAACGUUCAUUGCCCUUUGUGCCACAGGCAGAAGGACAUGGAGCUCAUUAGAAAUACUGCUCCAAAUCUACAGGAUCAAUCUUGAUUUUAACUUUACCAUGUACCCACCAUCAAUGAUAGCAACUGGAAGUGUGGGAGCAGCCAUCUGUGGCCUUCAGCUCGAUGAUGGGGACAGAUCGCUCUCUGGUGACAGCCUAACAGACUUUCUGGCCAAGAUUACAAGCACAGAUGUGGACUGCCUUAAAGCUUGUCAAGAACAGAUUGAGUCGGUGCUAAUAAGCAACCUUAGGCAAGUCCGGCAGCAACAACAAAGCAAUCCUUCUAAGACCGUUGAGGAACUGGACCAGGCCAGCACUCCCACAGAUGUGAGAGAUAUCAACCUGUGAGGACAUCAGCACAGAAAGUCAGGCUUGUUCUCCCACCCCUUUUAUUUUUGUUACUAUUUUUAGAUUUUUUUUUUUUUAAUCUACUCCCACGUAGAGCGUAUUUAAAGCUCUUUUAGGUGAAAAAAAACUGAAUAAUGAAAAAAACAUUUGGUGCCCAUGAUGUUCUACAGAAGGGAAUCCCGCAGUGUAUUUGGUAAUUGUUAUUUGAUUAUGUAUCAGUGAUAUUAAAUGCUUAUAAAAGCUAGAUAAAUGUAAGCCUGCAUUUGUGGGAAGAGAGUAUACUUGUCUAUGGAUUACAACUUACUGCAUACACCCCUUUUUUAGAUUUAAGAAAGGAACUGUGUGUGCGAUUUUAUGGCUUGACUAGAUUGCAAAGCAGUAGAAGAAGGGCUAGGGCAAUGUGGGAAAAGGUCCCUGAAGCAACUGAACCAUUUUCAAUGCAGAAGAGAUUUGCUGAUCUGUCACCUCUGUUAGUAGUCAGAAGUGUUUGUUGGAUCUUUGUAUGUUAGUUUUGUUUAUUCUUGCUGUCUGUGGUAGCUGCUACUUAAGAAAGAAGAUGCUUUAUUUUGCCAGCUAGAAAAGAAGGUGUUUUGUUUGUUUAGUUUUGCUUUAAGUUCCCCUCUCCCCUAUGAUUAUUUCUACUUCUCCUUCAGAAAUGGUUCAUUUUAAACACAGCAGCAUCUUUGGCAUGAGGGCAAUCCCUUCUACCCAACUGUGGGCCAAGCUGAAGUUAUAGAGUACUCACGGUAAAUGGGGGAAAUGCAACAAAUAAUUUUGACUAGUUGGCUAAUCAGACCACCUUGAACUUUGGAUUACAAGAUGCAGUGGAUCAUCUGUGAAAAAGCAUUAUAUUCCUUUACAGAGAUAAUGUUUCACAUCCAUGUUAACUUUUGGCAGCUCUUCAGCUUCGUGUAAAGAUAAUUAAAUGAUGCUGUGUCCAUUUUCCUCUUUUUAAUGUAUAUUCACUGUGUUAAAGAAGAUGAGAUUUGGUGUGAGACCUAACUACCCAGCUUCCUCCACUGCCCCGUCAUGGCUUUUGAGCAUUUCAAUAACUUUAUUGAUCCAGAGUGAACAUUAUUAUAAAUCAUUUCAUUCAAAAAGCACUUUGAAAAUUGUUCGUAAGGGAUUAAAUGAAAUGGUUUAUGACAAUUUUGCCAAGGAAAAAAAGGAAAAG